AUGAAUAACACGCGUGAAAUCCUAGAGAAGAUCAAAAUAGGUUUGGAUGCUGCCACAUAUCUUCUGAAGACUGAUCGUGGUAUACAAGCCUCUGAUUUGUGUGAUGAAUGUGUAAUCUUACUCAACAACCUAGACUUUGGUAUUAACGGCCUUGAUAUCUCUGAGGUAAUAUUUAAUGCGUACUAUGCAAUCUCUGGUUACACAAAUGCAAUAAGUUGCACCAUUAAACUUACUGACAUAUUCUACAAUGCUGGAAUAUCAAUGAAGGAACUGGGAGACAAAUAUUUACGAAGAAGUAGGUUUGCAGAAGCCAAGAAACUUUUUGAAAGCGUAGUUGCAAUCAAUAAAACAAUUGGCUUUAAAAGUGGAGAAGCAAUCACUUAUGGCAGGCUAGGAUGUGUGUUUGAAUUACUUGGUGAAUAUAACAAGGCUAAAGAACAUCAUGGGAAAGCACUUACUAUCGCAACAGAAAUUGGCGACAGGAAAGGAGAAGGAGUAUGCUACGGGAACCUUGGAAAUGUGUUUAAAUCGCUCGGUGAAUAUCAGAAGGCUAAAGAAUAUAACGAGAAAGCACUCGUUAUCGCAACACAAAUUGGCGACAGGAAAGGAGAAGGAACACAGUACGGGAACCUAGGAGUUCUGUUUCGAUCACUCGGUGAAUAUCAGAAGGCUAAAGAAUAUCAUGAGAAUGCACUUGCUAUCGCAACAGAAAUUGGCGCCAGGGAAAAAGAAGGGACAUGCUACGGGAACCUUGGAUGUGUGUUUGAAUCACUCGGUGAAUAUCAGAAGGCUAAAGAAUAUCACGAGAAAGCACUUGCUAUCGCAACAGAAUUUGGCGAAAGGGGAGGAGAAAGAGUAUUCUACGGGAACCUUGGAAAUGUGUUUCUAUCUCUCGGUGAAUAUCAGAAGGCUAAAGAAUAUCAUGAGAAUGCACUUGCUAUCGCAACAGAAAUUGGCGCCACGGAAGGAGAAGGGACAUACUACGGGAACCUUGGAUGUGUGUUUGAAUCACUCGGUGAAUAUCAGAAGGCUAAAGAAUAUCACGAGAAAGCACUUGCGGCUAAGGAACAUUUUGACAAAGCCCUUACCAUCAGUACAGAAACUGGCGAAAGAAAUUGUGAAGGAUGGUGCUACGCAGGCCUUGCAGAUGUGUUUUAUUCGUUUCAUGACUACCAGAAGGCUACAGAACUAUACGAAAAACUGCUAACUAUCAGCAUGAACGUUGGUGAUAAGAGAGGACAGGGAUUGAGUUACCUAAGACUUGGAGAUGUUUCUCUAUCGCUUGGAAAUUAUGACCAAUCGGAGAAAUUCUUUAACAAAGCGCGCUCGAUGAGCAGCAAAAUUAGAGGCAAUAUGAUUUACUUUAAGAGCCUCCUCGGUAUUACUCGAGUAAAGAUGUCGCAAUCAAAGUUAGAGGAUGCAAUGCAGUAUCUUCGUCAAAGUAUUGAAAUUUAUGAAAAGUUGCGAAAUUUUCUCAAAGGAAACGAUGAAUUUAAAACGUCUCUCUUGGAAGAGCACG